GGGCGGAGCACCGGGCGGCUGGCGGCUCCCGGCUUCGGCUCCGGAUCCGGGCCCUGCACCUGUGACUCUCCCUUGUGCUCGCCCUCACGCCCGGCGCCCGCAGCCCAUGGCCCCGUCUCGCCUGCAGCUCGGCCUUCGCGCCGCCUACUCUGGCCUCAGCUCCGUAGCUGGCUUCUCCAUUUUCCUCGUCUGGACGGUGGUCUACAGCCAGCCGGGGACAGCGGCUAUGGGCGGACUCGCAGGUGUGCUGGCGCUGUGGGUCCUAGUGACACACGUGAUGUACAUGCAGGAUUACUGGAGGACCUGGCUCAAGGGGCUGCGUGGCUUUUUCUUCGUGGGUGUCCUCUUCUCGGCUGUCUCCAUUGCCACCUUCUGCACCUUCCUGGCGCUGGCCAUCACCGGGCACCAGAGCCUCACCGACCCCAACAGCUACUACCUGUCCUGCGUCUGGAGCUUCAUUGCCUUCAAGUGGGCCUUCCUGCUCAGCCUCUAUGCUCACCGCUACCGGGCUGACUUUGCUGAUAUCAGCAUCCUUAGCGACUUUUGACCCAGGGGGUGAGGUCUCUGCACCCUGGGGUCCUCAGGACCUGGACUCAGCUUCUGAGACAUCGGGCACUGCCUCACCCCUGGGGGACCCCAGAACCGUGGCAGAAAAUACAUAGCAGGAAGACUUUGGUCUCCCAGGAAGUUGUCCCAUCUACUUUGGGGGAGACCUGCAUAUGGUAGAAAGGCGUCCUGCCAUGUUGCUCCUCAUUGGCCUGGCUGGAGGGAACCUUUUUCAAAUGGAUCUAUUUUCUUAGCACUCAGUGAGGAACCUUUGUAAGCAGGGCCAGGGUACCAGUGAAGGAGCAAAGAGGCCUUGACCUAUGCCUGGGGGCAGGGGGCAGGCGGCUUGUUCACUGCCACCCCAGGAAUUCUCCUUCAGGCUGGGGCGGAACCUGGGAAGGUCAGGUCAAGAAAGGGGUCUCUAGUAGAGACCUCAGUCCCCAACCCCAGCACCCCAUCCUGUUGUUCCCCCAAGGGUCUUUGGGACUUGGGCAGAGAAUUUGGGGUCCCUGUUCCACACAGAGCUGAUCUCCCACGAGUGUGCUAGGCUCAGCCAUCCUCUCCAGCACCCAAGUCCUCCCUCUUACACGCACCACACCCCUCAGAGCAGGACUCCCCAAAUGAGGCCAGAUGAAGGGUCUUGGGGAAGGUGCUUCUGCCCCCAGAAGGGCUUCAGGAGGGGGCAGCAUGAUGUAGGCUGAAAGGACCACUCAGACCUGUGCCUACGCACCUCCAGCCCUGCGUUUCCACGCCCCCUUCUCACACCUGCCCCUGGUCACACCCGGAUCACCCAGAACACCCCCGGCCAUGCGAUGCCCCCCACCAACUCCUGCCCCUUGUCAUUGCCCCUCACCUAGGGCUUGUAUCUUUUUUCCUCUCCCUUCUGAAGGGCAAAAUCGGCUCUCCACCCAGACACUAGCCCAAGGGCUCACCUAACUCAGAGGGAAGGGACUACUGGUACACGUGUCUUUUUAUGUUAGGUUGUCAUUUUGCACGGUCUACCCCUUCCCCACCUGUGUCCACCCCCUCAGCUCUUUGCCUUAUCUGUGUCACUGUCACUUUAGCAGAAAUACA